AAACUUGGCGGUGCGGGGAGGGAUCAAGCAGUGGAAGAGCGCGUCAACCGUUCUGGCUUCGUAUUUCUACUAUGUAAUUUAUCAAUGCUGUAUAAAAGCGUAUUUUGUUAGUCUGCACCCAGCGUUUAUUUCUUCGUUUUUGGCAUGUGUUUUGUCAGUUUAUGGUUUCAUAUCUAAGCUAACUGUACAUUUUAAUCGAGCAGACCUGUAAUCUGUUAGUUAGCGCUGAGCUCGAGUUUAUUUUUUCAAACCGUUGUCGACUGUUCUCGCUCUAAUUUUUCAUAAUGGAUAAGAAACACAUUUACUACUCUGAUAAAUACGACGACGAACUAUAUGAAUACAGACAUGUAAUGUUGCCCAAAGAUAUUGCUAAAUUGGUGCCUACAAAUCACUUGAUGUCAGAGACAGAAUGGCGUAAUUUGGGAGUUCAACAGAGCCAGGGCUGGGUGCACUAUAUGAUUCAUGAUCCUGAACCACAUAUUCUGCUGUUCAGGAGACCUCUGCCAGAGAAGACUACGGCUAAUUGAAUACGAGCUUUAAACAAGAUAUCGAUUAAAU